CUAUGUUCAUACCACUUUUCAGAUGGUCUCAAAUUGUCCCCACCACUUUUUCCACAAAUUUAAUGUAAAAUAGGAUCACCGGACAGUUUGCCAAAUGUAUACCCUCACCACUGUCCAAACCAAUCCUAGACUCCUGCAUGCAAAAAGGAUACUGCGAGCUGCAGCAAUAUAAUUUCUAUUAUCUUAAAGCAAAUAAGAAAACCCUCUGCUUUUCUUAUUUUAUACAUAUCAAACUACCCAGAAAAGUACCCUUAAAAGAAAAAUGCAAUAUAGCUCGUCCUUGUGUGUGCAUUUAUAAAUAGAUAAUGAGCUAAUAUGUGUGUGCAUUUAUAAAUAGAUAAUAAGCUAAUAAUAGAACAAGACCUCUGGCAAUUACAAAGAUGUGUCACUUGGGAGUAUUGUGGGUGUUUCUAUAAAUAAAUAUGAGGCAAAACAGGCUGAUAAGAAAGAGAUUCAACAUAGAAAAGCAAUGUAACAACGGACAUGUAAUCGGUUGCACGUUCUACUCAAUUUACCUGAACCCAGUAUAUGCAUAGGUCAGGCUAUAGAUUAUAAUGUAAGCUUCCUAUGCCACUCAGGUCUCAAACUUGUAAUUACAUCUUCAUGGCAUUGUUAUAAUAACCCAUUCAUAUAUAAUCUAAUCUCCAUAGAAAUCUCCAUCUGUAUUUAGGCAGCAGGAUUCUUCUCUCCAAAAUGUCUGGAUUGAAGACUGGAUGGAUUUAACAUAUUCCAUGGGGCUCUUGUUAAUUUACAUAGGACAUAGUAAAUUUGCUGCUACCAAAAUAAAAUUCCCAAGUUGUAGUGCAUUACUGUGUUAUGUCAUAGUAGCCUAGUGCAGCAGUAGGCCAAUAGUAGAUAACUUUUCAAUGACUGGUAUGCGUGUAUUAUGGGGCUAUGCAGUCUGAAUGAAUGAUAGAGCUGAGCAGCAAUAUCUGCAGCUUUGUCCGUCUGUAGAACUAUUUAAACCCUUUCCCAAUGACAGCAGGAAGACCAAUGACAUUCUUUUACGCACACGGUACUUAACAUACCGCCACGCCGCGGACCAAUUGGCAUUUAGUGGGCGUGCGCAGUUGCCUCUAGCCGGGUAAAAUGCUUUGAGUGCAGCUUGAUGUGUUUUACUUGAGAAUGGCGGCUGCUGCCUGCAGUGCGCACUGUACGAUAAGCAGUAGUAACAGUAAACCGCAGAAAGAACACCUGAAGAGGAAUAGAGAUUCCCGCCGACGACAGGCUGCCCUGCUGUUUCUCAAUAACAUUUCUCUGGAUGGACGGCCCGUACAGCAUGUAAACAAUGCCAACCAUCUGAACCACAGGGACAGCGACUUCCCAGGUACCGACAAUGUAUCAACUCAUACGGCCCGCCUGUCACCUGCGCCGAGUAGCUGCGGGACCUUUCAUAAUCUGUCAGCUUCGGUCAGCUGUGGGGCCGUUCCGAGACUUGGGGUCCUCAACGUGCCCCCUAUUCUGGUGUUGCCUUCGGACUCUGGGUUCAACGAUGUGGAGAACACUGAGGUAUUUUUGGAGAGGGGAAGAGGGUCCUUUUCAUCGCAAGGGAAUCUUCUGUCUCCAGCCAGUCUCCAGCCUACUCCUAUCGGAGCUCGGAAGUCUCCAACGCUGCUCUCAGUUCAAAGCUGCAACUCAGUGACAUCAGAUUCUCGUCCAAGGUCCCGCAAUCCGUCUGGCUCGCCAAAGCCUCGCACAAAUAGGAAGGUGCACUUCAUCAAGAACAUGAGACAGUAUGACACCAAAGGCAGCAGGAUCGUGCUCAUCUGUGCCAAAAGGUCUCUGUGUGCUGCCUUCUCAGUGCUGCCCUAUGGGGAGAGCAUCCACCUCAGUGAGCCCAGGCUGGACGCGUCGCGGCGUCGGCACUCGUCGGGGGCCAUCUCCUCAGCUCUGGAGAGCCUGCUGCUGCCCGGCCUGGAGGGGCUGGGACUGGAGCUGGAGCUGGGGGCCGGCAUGGGACGGACGGUGUCCUACGCCCAGUUCCUGUACCCCACCAAUGCGCUGGUGCGUCAGAAGCCCUCCUCAGUGGACAUGACCCUCCAGCUGCCCCCCUACUCCAGGAACAGCAUCCCCCGCAGCUGCCCCCCCUCCAGACUCAACAGCACUGUGGGACUAGACCUGGGUCUGGAUGACACUGACUACGACCCCAACCUCCUGAGUGACCACCAGUGGCCGUGCGGGAAGCACAAGAGAGUGCUGAUCUUCGCAUCCUACAUGACGACCGUCAUUGAGUACGUGAAGCCCUCCGACCUGAAGAAGGACAUGAACGAGACCUUCAAGGAGAAGUUUCCUCACAUCAAGCUGACCCUCAGCAAGAUCAGGAGUCUGAAGCGUGAGAUGCGCACGCUGGGCGAGGAGUGCCCUCUGCAGCCGGUGACGGUGGCGAUGGCCUUCGUCUACUUUGAGAAGCUGGUGCUGCAGGGCCGCCUCAACAAGCAGAACCGCAAGAUGGUGGCGGCCACCUGCGUCCUGCUGGCCGCCAAGAUCUCCAGUGACCUCAAGAAGCAGGAGGUCAAGCAGCUCAUCGACAAGCUGGAGGAGCGUUUCCGUAUCGGCCGGCGUGAGCUCAUCUCCUACGAGUUCUCGGUGCUGGUGGCUCUGGAGAUGGCCCUCUACCUGCCCGAGAGCAAGGUCAUGCCCCACUACCGGCGCCUGGUCCAGCAGCAGUCCUGAGAGCUGCAGCAAGGGGUCAAGCAGGGGUCAAAGGUCAAGGGCCAAGGUCAACCAAGGUCAAACGAGAGAGAGCGAGACUGGCUAAAAUCCGAAAGUCAUUCACUACAUAGUAAAAUAGCAAUUGGUUCCUGAAUUUCCUUAGGUGAUGCCCCACUCCUGAGAGGUGGUCAACAGGGGUCAGCAUGGGUCAGCAAGGGUCAAAGGUCAUAGGUUCAACUGUACAAGAGAAAGAGAGACUGGCUCCAUUCAAAAUGUUCACACAUGCAUUCACUACAUAGCAGAGUACCAUUUAGUUCCUUAAUUUCCUUCUAGGAACAAUAAUAACCACUCUGCUCCACUGCUACUGCAAUUAUACUAAUGUGUAAGGAGCUAAAUUAGUUCCUGGUUGUGAACCACAAUGCAGUGACCAUGAGUGGUGACCAGAGGCGACCACAGAUGGCUCCAGAUACGGCAGCGACAUAAGCAGGAGCCAGGAGGAACUAAAUGCUUACUUGGGCAUUCAAACAAACUACGUACCUAGUACUACUCACCUACCUAGUACCUACAUACCGCCCCCUGCUGAACACAAUUAGAAACACUUGAAGAGAAAAACACUGCAGAGAACUGUCCUUCUUUAGCAUCAAAUUAUGUGUGUGUGUGUGUGUGUGUGUCUGUGUGUGU